AUGGUUGCCUGGAAGCUCUCAUCUCUGCUCUUGCUCUCGUUGAGGGCGCUCAAUGCCUUCGCGAUCGAGGUUCAGGACGUCAAGGAAGUACCCGAGGCCCAGACACCGAACCUGAACGUCAAGAUCUCAGCCUCGUUCCCCCAGUCUGAGAUCUUCGGCGUCAAGCUCAUCAACGGUCAUGCCACUGAAGCUCGUCUGUCCAUCUCCAACAACGAGCCCAAGCCCAUUGGCGUAAGCAUCGUCGGUGGCUCGCUGCUCCAGGAGGCCAAUGGCCAGUCUCAGAUCGUGCGCAACCUUACUGCGCAGAAGUACUCCAUUGAGAUCCCCGCUGGCGCAGAGGAGACCGUGCCCUACACUUUCUCCACCGAGCUGCACCCCCAGGACCUCCGCCUUCAGCUCGUUGCUGUCUUGAGGAACUCUGAGAAUGCCAUCUUCACUGUCGCCGCCUACAACGAGACUGUCUCCAUCGUCGAGAGGCCCACCAGCCUCUUUGACCCUCAGAUCAUCUUCCUCUACCUCGUUCUCCUCGGCGCCUUCGCUGGAACCGUCUACUUCAUCUACAACACCUGGGUCACCACCUUCUUCCCCCAGAAGAAGGGUCGCGGCAAGGGUGGAGAGCGCGCUAAGAAGUCCUCCCAGGGCUCCAAGAAGGUCGACCCCGCUGAGCAGGUCGCUGUUGUUGGCGCUGACGGUCCCGCUGUCACCACUGGCGCGAAGUACGACGAGAGCUGGAUUCCUGCCUCUCACUUGCAGCGCCCGGAGGCCAAGCGCGUCCGAAGCGGCACCCCCAAGGUCAAGCCUAGGGCUUAG